UAAUUAUUAUGGCCAUCGACUUUUGCUAUUUAUUAUCCUGUUUUAACAUCCCAUAUACGGAUAGACUUGUCACAACUACCAGAUGCUAAUGUAGUACCAUCAGAAGAGAACAGACUGAAUGAACAUCAUUAGCAUGACCUUCUAAUUUGAUAUUUUAUUAUCCUGUCUUAACAUCUCAUAAAUGGAUAGUAUUAUCAUUACUGCCAGUUGCUAAUGUAGUACCAUCAGGAGAGAAACAGACUGAAUUAACCUUUCUAUUAU